CUGCAGCUUCUAGGACCCAGUUUCUUUUACUGAUUUAAAAACAAAACAAAACAAACAAAAAAAAUAAAAAAGUUGUGCCUGAAAUGAAUCUUGUUUUUUUUAUAAGUAGCCGCCUGGUUCCUGUGUCCUGUGAAAUACAGGCACUUGACCCUUGGUGUAGCUUCUAUUCAACUUUAUAUCACGGGAACGGAUUGGUCUGAUUUCUUGGCCCUCAUCUUGAAUUGGCCACAUCCAGGGUCCCUGGCCAGUGGACUUCAUGAAGGCUUUGUCUAAGAUGACAAGGGCAGCUCAGGGGAUGUGGGGGAGGGCGCUUUUAUCUUCCCCGUUGUCGUUUGAGGUUUUGAUCUUCUCUGGGUAAAGAGGCCGUUUAUCUUUGUAAACACAAAACAUUUUUGCUUUCUCCAGUUUUCUGUUAAUGGCGAAAGAAUGGAAGCGAAUAAAGUUUUACUGAUUUUUGAGACUCUAGCACCUAGCGCUUUCAUUUUUGAAACGUCCCGUGUGGGAGGGGCGGGUCUGGGUGCGGCCCGCCGCGUGACUCCUGGGUCGGGGGCCCACGUGGCCAGGGCGGGGACUCGGGCGCCCGGGGCGCCGACUGAUUACGUAGCGGGCGGGGCCGGAAGUGCCGCUCCCUAGUGGGGGCUGUUCAUGGCGGUUCCGGGGUCUCCAACGUUUUUCCCAGUUGUGGUCCUAAAUCCUUCGGAAGCGGAGGCAGCGAAGCUUGAGGUUCUUGCUGGUGUGAAAUGACUGAGUACAAACUGGUGGUGGUUGGAGCAGGUGGUGUCGGGAAAAGCGCGUUGACAAUCCAGCUAAUCCAGAACCACUUUGUAGAUGAGUAUGAUCCCACCAUAGAGGAUUCUUACCGAAAGCAGGUGGUUAUAGACGGUGAAACCUGUCUGUUGGACAUACUGGAUACAGCUGGUCAAGAGGAGUACAGUGCCAUGAGAGACCAAUACAUGAGGACAGGCGAAGGCUUCCUCUGUGUAUUUGCCAUCAAUAAUAGCAAAUCAUUUGCAGAUAUUAACCUCUACAGGGAACAGAUUAAGCGAGUAAAAGAUUCAGAUGAUGUACCUAUGGUGCUAGUAGGAAAUAAGUGUGAUUUGCCAACAAGGACAGUGGACACAAAACAAGCCCACGAACUGGCCAAGAGUUAUGGGAUUCCAUUCAUUGAAACCUCAGCCAAGACCAGACAGGGUGUCGAAGAUGCCUUUUACACACUGGUAAGAGAAAUACGUCAGUACCGAAUGAAGAAACUCAACAGCAAUGAUGAUGGAACUCAAGGUUGUAUGGGGUUACCGUGUGUGGUGAUGUAACAAGAUACUUUUAAAGUUCUAGCAUCAGAAAAGAGCCACUGUCAAGCUGCACUGACACCCUGGUCCUGACUUCCCUGGAGGAGAAGUAUUCCUGUUGCUAUCUUCAGUCUCACAAAGAAGCUCCUGCUACUUCCCCAACUCUCAGUAGAUCAGUACAAUAUUCUCUAUUUGAGAAGUUCUCUGAAUAACUACCUCCUCACUUGGUUGUCUGACCAGAGAAAUGAACCUCUUGUUACUCCCCACUGUUUUUCCACCCUGGGUUCUCCCCCAACACACACAAACAAACCUCUGCCAUCCCAGGUUUUUCAUCUGAAAAGUAAUUCAUGCUCUGAAACAGAGAACCAAACUUGUAGACAUGAAAUUCUGUAGGAAACAAUGUCUUGAGCUCUAAAGUAGCAACUGCUGGUGACUUUUUUUUUUCCUUUUUAUUGUUGAACUUGGAACUAUGAUGGUUUUUGGAGAAAUGUCAUAAAUUACUGUUUUGCUGAGAAUAUAGUUAAGUUGCCAUUUGGUUUGUUUAUAGUAUCAUUGGCUAUAUUCUAUAAAUUGGCAUCUCCUCUGCAUUCAUAAAUUACACAAGUGAAUACUGACUUUUGAGUCUAUCCUAAUGUUCUUGACUUUCACAUAAUUAAAUCUAACUCGCAGCAAAGUGCCUUUUUUUUUAGGAGUGGUUUGUAGACUUGAUUUAUAAUAUUUCAGUGGAAUAGAUGUCUCAAAAAUCAUUAUACAUGGAAAUGAAUGUCUGAGAUACAUCUAUGACCUGUCUACCUUUGAGGGAAAGACUUACCGAUGUGAUAGCAGAUGCCAUUUCUUACAUGUAUGAAGUUGGAUUUCCAGAGACCUGAUUUGGGUCUCUUCCAAGAGAAAGGUGAAACUGGAAACAAUUAUGAAUAAUUUCACUUAAUUUUUACCUAAUUUCUACUUUUUUGGGGGGGUGGGGCAGGGGGUAGGUUACCACUUACAAAGUGUAUGCAAUUUGUUUCUUCUAGCUUGCUGAUAAUGAACUUCCAUUCAUAUUUAAAUUUAGGGCAUAUCUGAAAGCUCUACAUUUGCAGGUGUUUGAAAUUGUAAUAGUUGAAUGUAGUUUUAAUAGCUAAAAUUAAUGAUUUUCAAGUCUCAGAUGUAUUAACAGACACAUUUUCAUUGUAUAUCAUGGUAUUUUAAUGAUGUAUAUAAUUGCCCUCAUUCCCCUUCUCACCCCACCCUCUCCCUCGUCCCACCACAAUGGCGGCUUGCUUAUUUCAGUUGAGUAAAGCAUAGUGCUGACAGACCAGGGUCACAGUUUCAAAACUUGAGCAAGCCAGUUAGCAUCACAGAGAGAGAAAUUCUUCCACGUUUGCUCAUUGCACCAGUAACUCCAGCUAGUAGUUUUGCCAGAUGUAUACUGUUAGUCCUGCAAGGAAGGAAGAGGUCAGUUAGCACAAAUCCUUCACCAUGACUGGAAAAACUUGCCAUCUUGAGGAGGGUCAGCCUAGAGGUUUUUAUAAAUAAAAGUAUAUAGACUUUUUUUAGCCACGUGGAAACUCUGAAUUAAACCCAAUAAUUUUUUCAUUAUUUUGAGAAUUUUGAAUUUUUUAUUUUCAUUCUUUUGAGAAAUUUAUUUUGAUGCCUCAUCAAAAUUUUUAAAAUUUUCUAUAUUGAUAGUGUUCUUUGAAGGGUGCAAAACAGGAUGUUGAUGAAUUAGUCUGUGCAAACCAGGUAAUAAGCUGAUGAGUUUGUUCAGAACAAGAAGUCGCCUUUCUGUUGAAAUUGCUGUUUGAGAAGGGAAUGGAAAAUAGAAUCAGUUGUUAGUUAUGAGGGUUGGAGGUAGGGCUUUUCCAUUUGCAGAUAAUUUCAUGGUAAUUCUAGUGAAAAUUAGACUUGGAUAACUUCUGAUAAAAGACUAGCUCCAAAAUGGCCACUUUCUUUUCUUGUCUUCUGAUGUGUAGAUACUCACUGAGGUCCUCCAUCUUCUAAAAUGAGUUUUCCUUUAAGUAAACUCCACAUUGCCUUGAAAUGAAUUCCGAAGAGGGGAAGAAACAUAGACUGUGCCCAGAGUGGAAUAAACCCAGAAAGCUGUGUUCCUUUGCGUUAAUUUUUUAGAGAGCUUUCACAUACUGUCAACACCUGUAAACAAACUCUGCUGCUGUGUUUGUGCUCCUGUGGAACACUGCUCUGUAAUUUUCUCGAGGCUAGAUUGAGGCUUGUCACUUCCAUCCUUGUCAUUGUCUUCCACCUCCUCCUCCUCUGCUCUGUGUGAGUGACAGUAGGACUCUUUUUUUUUUAAUAUCAAAUUUAGGAAAAAAGAUACUCAUUUUAGCCCUUAUAUGGCUGUACCUUUAGUUUUUUCAAGUAUGUUCUAAGCACAGAUGUAUAUCUAAAUGGGGCCAGAAUUCAGACUUGACAAUGUUCUAUUAUUUUAAUAGCUUCUUAAGAAGUUACAUGUAGGUGUGAAUUUUGGCACAAUAGAGUGACAAACUUACAGUUAAAUGCUGAAUAACUUCAGUUGGUGUGAAAUAAAGUGUGGUUUUUAGAAUAUGUUUGUAAUUGCUGAAAACAAUUCUAGUUUACCUCAAAAUCUGAAAAGUCUCUUUCCCCCAGUCAAGUGCCUGGCCAGCUAUUAUGAAUUACAUACUACUUUAUGUGUGUUUGUGUUUUAAAGGUUGCUCCUUCAAGAGUGUGAAAAUGUUCUGUCUAAAGGCUACCAUGCCUACCCUGUAAAUGAAACUGUUAAGUGCUGUAUUUGCUCCAGCAGCAUACUCUAGAAUGUUACUUGGUAAUAUAAUAUCGUACUUAUUACAGUUUUCACUUUAGUGUAAUAGGUAAAAUUAUUCUCAGUAUGUAUUUUAGUCGGCCCAUGUUUAGUCUUUCAUCAUCCUUUAAACUGCUGUGAAUUUUUUUUCUUGACUUGAAAGCAAGGAUAGAGAAACACUUUAAAAGAGAUAUUUUGGUUUUUUCCCAUUCCAGAAUUUGUGAGCAUAAUCAUAUUUUGCUUUACAUUUACCGUCAUGAACUCUCAAGCUGGCAGCUACAACCAAGAACCAAAAAAUGGUGCAUUCUGCUUCUUGUAAUUCAUCUCUGCUAAUAAAUUAUAAGAAGUGAAGAUAAUUAAUUAGGGAAAAUAUUUUAUUUAGGUGAUUUCUGUAAGCAAGGGACUAUAAUUGUACAUUAUUUUUCAUCUUUGCUGUUUCUUUAAGCAGUCUAAUGUGCCACAAAAUUAUUUUUAACGUUUUUCCUGUAAGAAUUUUUUUAAAAGUGUUCUCAUUGUCAGACUAGGUGUAGAUAUGUUUCAAAAUGUAACUGGUGAUUCUUAAAGGCCCGAGAACUGACCUAAGAAGCAAUUGUAUGAAUUCUACUCUGGAGGGAAGGGAGGAUCUCAAUGGAAAUUGUAUGACUUUUAUAUUUCUGUGCCAUCAAAUAUAGGUGAAAAUACCAAUUGUGCAAUUCUGCUGUUUAAACAGGAACUAUUGGCCUCCUUGGCCCUAAAUAAAAAGGGCUGAUAUUUUAAGUUGA